AUGAAAAUCCAGAAAAUUUUCAAAGAGCAAGGUGUGCAUCUUCUAAAACGUUAUCAAGUUGAAGAAACUCUCAGAUCCCUUAAAACCCUGGAACAACCGAUUUAUACAAUGUUCAUCUUACAAUUUAUAUUCGCCUCGAUUUCAUUUUUCUAUCAACGAUACGGAUCGAAUUUGGCACAAGAAGAUUAUUAUCUCGUGUUGGAAAGUUUUUUGCUCCAUCCGGAAUAUUGUGUGAUUUUUGUGAUAUUAUUCAUCAGAAAUAAUGAGAAAAUCAAUCGAGAAAGAAGGGCGCAGUUGACGAGAGGAAUUAAUGCAGAACAGGAAGAAUAUUUUAAUCAAUAUAGAAAUGCUUGGUGA